GCUCCGCCAUUUUCGUCUUCGACUUCAGCUGUGCAGUAUCGUGUGAGAAAUGGUCUGCUGUGAAGUUGUCGUUGUGUCGAGUGUUUCCCUUGCUUUGGACCGUGAUUUCUGCGUAGUUAGCGAUGGUGACCACUUUGGCAUGAUUGUCGCCGCUCGUGCUAUCCGCUCGCAUCGUCGAAUUCAAGGGGAAACCGCCCGUAGUAAGCCUUGCCUCAGCCCUAUCGGUAAGCCUGUCAAGUUCGAACCCUGGUCCAUCAUGCGGUGGUCCAUGUGUAGAAACCAUGCCGCGCUACUCGCAGGCGAAUGUUGAUUGAGUAGUGGUAGCCACUGGGAACGCCGGUCAGGUUUUCCGCACAGCCGAAGUGUUUGAGUGACGCAGCUGAUUCACCCGAAGUGUCGUCGUCAGCCCGUGCUAUGAGCCAAGCAUGCCAAAAACGAGACACUCGCACGUCUGACAUAGUCGCCCCGAAGCAUGGCAUGAAGAAUGGCUUCCUAAAGUAUCCCAAGUGCGGCUUCAGCUGCGCCGCCGCUGUGUCACGCAGCAACUCUGCAGAAGACUUGCUGACCGGACGGUCGACGAAAGCGCGCCAAGCACGCAGUCGCAAGCGAUCUGCUACCGACCGCGGUGCAAGUGUGCCGGGACUCACAAUGUGCAUCGAUAAGCCUCAGGAGGAAGCCCGGGUCGCUUCCAGCCCCGAAAGAAUCGCGAACGCCCAGAUGCCGCCCAAACAGAAGCAGCACAGGCGUCGACGGCGACGCGCGAAGCCCAUGCGCGCGCCGUCGACUCCCGCAGCUCCGCCGCAAAGCCCCGCUGGAAUUCGCAUCGAGAGGUCCCCCACCAAACAGGACUUCAUAUUUUGCGUCGAAUCGACCAGCAAGAGGGACCUGAAGAAACCAGGCGGUGAUGAGGCGCCCUGUGCGUCGAAGGCUUCGCCCCCGUUCAACUCGGCCAUCGCGUUCAUUCUGGGAGGCAACGACGAUUUGAGCGACACCAGCAGCGAUUGGGACGAAGUGGACGACUAUGGCGCUGGACCGGACUUUGCUGCCAACGUCUUCAUGAUGCCGCUGUUGAACAGUUUGCUCUCAAUGUCGGCACUCUCCGACUCGUGCCCUUUGCGGAGUCUCAACGGCGAUCAGGUGGACGGUCCGCUGCCCUCCGUGUCCCAGCACGUCAGAAAUGCCAACGAAAAAUGGAACCGAAAUUACUACGGGGAGGACUCCUCCAAGCCGCCUCGCUCAGCAAAGGUCAGCUUUCCCGUGGGGGAUCAGCUCGUCGAGGUGCACAGUGCAGAUGACCUGGAACGCAAGGGGCCCUGGGAGCAAAUUGCCGUGGACCGUCGCCGUUUCACUCGGAUUGCCUCUGUCGAAAGCGUGCUGGCACCUGUGCUCUCUCUUGAACACAGACAGAAGGUCUACCAGGAGAUCUAUGCGUUCGACUCUGAGUGACUUUCAAUUCGUGCAUUUUUCUUCGCCAGAAGACAAAAUUUUUCUCAAGUGCUCGUGAACUCUGCAGACUGAUGAGUCAUCACCAUCGAACGAUAACUCUUCAGACUUUCACGCAAGCGUACUGGACUUGUUUGCGACAAAUGCAGGGUUUUCUCUCGUUCUAUUGUGCAGCUGCGGGAGCUGCUUGUGUUCACAGUAGCGCCUAGUCCUUCACCAUGAAGAGAUUCCACUCUUCUUGUUGCUCCAAGUGAAACUAUGAACUCGCUGUGCACAUGCUGUAAAAUAGACCAGGGCAUGGUUCGUUUUAGCACCAUAACCCAUGUUCUCGCUUUUAUAUCUUCACUUCAUUGUUUGGUUUGAAUCGGCUCACUUCUCUGGCACUCUAGGGGAAGGGCUCCCGUGGGCCCAGCAUACUCUGCUGAAUUUCUACCUGCUGAAUUUUGCGGCGGCUAAGCAUGCUAAGGCAGGUCAUGAGGUGGCUCUCGAGGCCUACAACAAUGCAAAUUUGAUGUGUCGCCACUCUCAACAUGCUCAGCAAAAUUAAUUGCCGAACGAACAAAAGGCAAGUAAAGCCAGAAUGUUGCACAUUAUGGAGUUAUGCAAAUAUUUAAACUGACUUUACCUUCAGCUUACUAGUGGAGUAAAAUUUUUAUUUGCACAUGCAUUCCAGGCCAUUCUCAAGGCUGUACAGUGCUAAAUAAGUCAUUUAUAUUUGCCUAACUUCAAAGGAUAAUAUAUUCCCAGACAAUGUGCGCUUCUUAAAGGAAACCCUCUAUACAAAAUAAGGACGGUCCAGUUUAACUUUUUGCUGCAGCAAGUUUUUGUUUGUCUAUGACAAUGCACUGCAGAGUGCUUCAUGCUUAUAUUGUUGUCCCUUAUGAUGUUUUUCUUUGUUUGAAAGAUAUUAAAGAUGUAAAUUGCAU